AUGAAUCAGUGUUAUUGGAAACCUGGGGUCAGCCAUCGAAAGAACCAGACGGACCAGAACCUCGCAUCCGUCUCCGCAUUUGAUGCAUGCUUGAUGUGGGGUAAUUUUGAAGAGGGGUCUGGGCCAUUCGGACCCCCUUUGAGAAAUUCCCAUCAAAGGACGCCCGGAAAUAUUCUGGCAGGCUUUCGGGCAUCGGUGAUCCCCCUUCAAUCGACAUGGGCUGCGACGGCACCUACUUUAUUUGGUCUGUGCUCCUUCCGCGCGGGGUCCCGAUGAAGAGCGGAACAAGGGAGAGUGUGCUGCCGAAGGGGGAAAGAGAGGAGAAGCAAAAAAAAAAAAAA